UCCCUCUUUCUCACCCACAACCUACUACUCGAAUAUGAGCACCAGAUCCACAUGGGCCGACCUGUGCACCUCGAGUGUCAAUAAUUUCUCUCGGCAUGCAUUCUGGACUGUCGGACAAGUUGUCCGUCGUCCGUGACAAGUGCUCUUUACGGAUGGCCCUCACUAUAUCGGGUAGAGUUACACGCAAAGGCAGAAUGCAAAGCUUCGGGGUGGUCGCUUGUCAGGAACUGCCUCCGGCCACAGCCCUCCAGAUGCGGCAACCAUAUACUUGUUCCUGACGGUCCCAGAACGAGUCUAGAAUAGCCUUUCGAUUCUUGGGACAGGGCCCGAUGAGUAUAUACAGGAAGCUCCCAUAGCCACGCAAAUGCAUAUCCUCCCAAGCCACUCACUUGUAACUGAUUUCAUGGUAAUUGCACUCGCUUCAAUUCAUCAUGUACACUCUCUUCUUUCUUCUAGCCGUACUCUUCCAGUUGGCACUGGCUCAGGUACAGCCUUUCACAGUAACUGGAUUCCUUGAUAGGUGAGACUUCUAUGCCCUAAACAUAAGGCAUUCCUCCUGACACAAUACUUCAAGUGCAACAGCCAAAUCCGGCACAGCUGCUAAUCGUGGUGGCUCCAUAUCCGUGUCGGGAUUUGAUAUCACCAUUCCAGAUAACCUGCUCGUCGAGUUCCCUGCAGCAUUCAUCCCCUUUGCCGAAUUUGCGGAAGCCGGAGCAUCUAAACGAGCCGGACCCAACGAAGUCUCUGUUACAGGCAACAUUAUCAAUAAUGUCAUCAUCGCUGGCCAGUUCUCCGUCGCCCAGCUAGACCUUGCUGGGUCCUCUGGUACUGUCGAGAGUCUCGGCACUGAUGGAGCAAUCAAGAUUAAGAAUGGCCCAACCCUACGGAUCAACGAUCCAAGGGCUAGAUAUAGCGCUGGAUACACGAACCUCCCAUUCUUCACCGCCGAUGAUGAGAAUGCUUCCAUCACGAGCUUCAGUGGAUACCCAAUGUGCGUGCCUCGUGGGCCUGGAGACGUAAAGUGUCCUGAAGGAAACAGACCGACCGGCUCUACCAGCUUUGUCGUCCAAAAUGCUACCGUUAUGGUACCAAUCAGAGUUGGUGAUUAUAUCGAGUACUCCGGCAUUCAAGUUGGUGGUGAAACAAUCGUAUAUGGAAUGGUUGUCAACAUCGACAUUCAGACCAGCGGCAGCCAGCCUGGCUAUGUCCGAGUUGAAGAUGCGCUCAUUGGUGUCCAAGAUGCUUCUCCUCUCGUUGAGGCUGCAAGACACAGAUUUGUCGGUCUUGCCUCUCGAUCUGACCUGCCAAUUACCAUUUGGGCCAUUGACCAAGAUCCUUGCACUGGUGAGGAGAGCGACAGACUCGUAGCAACUACCAAUGUUGUCGCCAGUGCGCGCAACAAGUGGGAAGUGAAAGUUCAACGUGGAACUAAUGUUGGUCUCUUCACUCGCAACUACCGAGUCAAGAUCGGAGAUACCGCCGUCACUACAUCAGAUGGUAUCAACGCUGGAACAUACGUACAGCCUGUCACCGAAUGGAUCUUCCCUGAGCUCAUCCAGCCAGGAGGAACUCCUCCAGCCAUUGACUUCUCCAACAUCGGGCCUCUCAAGAAUGGUUUUGGCGAUAUCAACGGCCAGGUUUUCGGACAGCUCAACCCUUGGCCAGGAGCGACUGUGCCUUCGGUCGCAGCUUGCGCACCACCUACUAGUACAACUGUCACACCCCCGGCUCAGACCGAUGAUACGAGCACCUCAACCGCUGUAACGAGCCCAAGUGCUUCUCCAGUUCCAGUCGCCCUUGUCGCAAACGCGGGUCCAGACAGAAAUGUCCUAGCCGGUACAUUCGUCUCGCUCAGCGCAAGCCUCAAUGCUUCGCAAUCGACAUCUGGCCUGCUCCCAUCUGACCUUACUUAUGCAUGGACUCAGAUCGCCGGUUCUACGACAGGCAUCACGAUCACUGACGCCACAACUUCCAAACCAUCAUUCGUUGCGCCUAUGGUCGCAGCCGGCGUCUCCCAGUCUCGCGAGUUCCGCGUCAUAAUCACACACACCCCCUCCGGAACCAAGAGCAACGAUACAGUGGUAAUCACGGCCGACCGUUCCUCAACGAGCUUCGACCACCCAGCCUUCGUCUCUCUUACUUGGGCCUCAAGACAAGGCGGUACAGCUGCUGCGACCGUCCGCACAGAGCUCGUUGAUCCUGCUGGCAGCAUGCGCAUCAUCUUCGGCCCAGUGAAUGGCGGAACAGAGAGAGUAAUGACUAGAGGUGCCGUUGCAAAUGGCCAGGUUACUUAUACAUUCAGUGGAAGGAGUAUCCCAACCUUCAACAUUGCGACAGUGAGGAGUUAUAUCACGGUUGGUAGCAGCACGGUGAUUGUACCUGGUCCACAGGUCAACUCGACCAAUGUUGCUCCUGGUUAAGAAAAAAAAGGAGUGGGUUAAUGAGGCGUUUUGGGUUUCUGUAUCCUGGUGUAUUGAGGUGGUAUUUUUCUGGUAACACCCUGGGAAAGGAGUGGAGGAAAUCACUCGUUUAAUAGACAUGUUACGACUGGAAUAAAUGUAAUGAUAUUUAUGUAUGAAAUAUUCAAACUUGCCUCCUGCG